AUGAAUGAAGUUCAUCCUAUUAGGCCUGUCGGUCCAUUAGUUCCAUCUUCAUUACUAGGGGAAGAUCAAGAGCUGGAUAUAAGUGUUGAUCUGUGGAAAUCCGAAGAUGCUUGUAUUGAUUGGCUCAACCAGAGAGAUUGUUCUUCUGUUAUAUAUAUUUCAUUUGGAAGCCUACUUGAUCUAUCGGGAAAGGACAUGGAGUCCAUUGCUACUGCUUUGAAGAACAGUAAACGACCAUUUCUAUGGGUGGUGAGGUCACCGGACUCCUCCGAGAAAAAGCUUCCAUUUGGGUUUUCAGAAGAGACCAAAGAUCAAGGACUUAUGGUGCAGUGGAGUCCUCAAACAAAGGUUUUAGCACAUCCAUCUGUUGGGUGUUUUUUGAGUCACUGUGGGUGGAAUUCUCUCUUGGAGGCGAUCACCACCGGUGUCCCUGUACUUGCUUAUCCGAAGUGGACCGACCAGCCGACGAAUGCGAAGCUUAUAGUUGAUGUUUUAAGGGUCGGUGUGAGGCUCAGACCAGACAAAGAAGGGGUGGCCAGUAGUGAAGAAGUGGAAAAAUGUAUAGAAGAAAUUAUGAGCGGGCCAUAUUCCGAGGAAUAUAAGAAAAAUGCGGCGGAGUUGAAGAAGGCCGCCAGAGAGACGGUGGCGGACGGUGGCUCAUCAGGCCAGAAUAUCCAGUGGUUCGUGGAUGAGCUCAUUGGUAAUUCUUGUCCAUGA